GUCAUUUUGGACGUAUUUAAUAAGCUAUAGGUUAGUAUGGCUUUUCGUUCCCCGAAAACGUCUCGCACGUUAAGCACAAAAGAUGUCAUAUGACUAUGGAGAGAAAAAUGGCCCUCAUACAUGGGUGUUACGCUUUCCUAAUGCUGGAGGAACAAAGCAAUCCCCAAUCAACUUAAACACAAUGUCAAUGAGGCUUGACGAAUCACUGGCUCCAAUAAAUGUGGACUUAAAUGGACUUCAAAACCAAACUUUACACGUUAAAGACCACAAUUUCUCAGUCGAAGUGAAAGGAAACGCAGUAUUAUCCGGUGGUCCAUUGGCAUCAGAAUAUAAGCUGAUACAAUUUCAUUUACAUUGGGGAUCUGGUAAUAAUUGGGGCUCUGAGCAUAUGAUCAAUGGGAUAAGUUGUCCAGCUGAACUACAUUGUGUAUUUAUUAAUACUAAAUAUGCUACAAUGGAAACCGCUAUUACUUAUUCUGAUGGAUUAUCAGUUGUCGGUAUAUUUUUUCAAUUGGGCAAAUCAUCGAAUAAUAAUAACGCCUUAAAACGUUUAUGCUCAUUGUUGAAAUCAACAAAGAAAGGCGAAAGCAAAGAUAUUCAACCUAUGCUUGAUUUGAACACACUUUUGCCAAUAUACAUACCAAAGGUGAAAAUCAAUCAACCAAUUGGUUGUAAGAGGGAAUAAAUUUCUUAGCCUAUAAAUUUGAUGUGUUUUAUUUUAUUGAACGACAUAGUAACCAAUAAUCUUAUUGUUGAGAUAAUUUGUGUAAAUUAUACACGUAUUAUGGUAUUUUGUAUUUACUUUUAGUUAAUUGUAAUGAUUAUACAUCGUUAUCAUUCAUUAUGUGUGUAUUACUGUUGGUAUGUUUAAAAAAAAGAAAUACAUGUUGAUAGAUCCUUCUUUAAUGCUUCAUACUAAGUAAAGUAUUUAACAAAGUAUGUGAAUGAUCUCCUUCUGAUAAAUCCGAUUGGUAACUCCCACAUAAAACUCAUCUUUAUAUAAUAUUCUUGCCAAUGAAUAAUGAUUGAUACUAGAUUUAGAAUAAUAAAAUUAAGAGAUUAGGUUGAGUUUUACAAAGGUUUCCAACAAAUGGUAGUUCGAGAGAUUUUGAUAUAUAUAUGUAUAGUGCCUUGGUCCUUUUUCAUUAGACUUCAAGUAAUUUAUUGGUCACUUUAUAUGACGAGUUGAUAUUGCCGAAAACUGAAGAAGCGCUGCAUAGUUUUUCACUCAUUGUUUGAAACUUUUCAGUCAUACACAUUUAUCUAAUACUUUAUAUGGAGUAUAAUUAAGGUCAUCCAACUUCUACUGUAUGAUUAGAUUAUUAAGCUGAAAACCAAAAAUCAGCACUUUCAAUUUCAGUAAAAUUGUGUUUUGGUACGGUCCUCAAUGAUAAUCGUAUAUAUAUAGACUUUCCUCUAGAACGUUCAGAUAUCCUUCUCAAAUCUAGUUGUCAAGUGCAUGGUUAUGUUAUAUUGAAGUGACUCUGGAAAGUAUUUUGUAAUCAGAUGGUGAAUUUUAUUAUAAACGAACGUCAGUUGAAGUUCACACCCAUCCGGCAAUCCCUGAUUUUCGAAAGUCCUUCAAAUUAUUUCAGUUUCUAGUGAAUGUAAUCUAGAUGCAUUGUUCACGUAUAUAUAUAUACAUAAUGUGAUGUGAAAGAAAUGUAUCCGUGAAUUAAGAAGCAAACUUGAUGACGUAAGGAAAAGAUAUUAUCUAACAUUCUACCAACUAGUGUUGUCGAAAUGUCAUUUAUGUCUAGGUUUGUAAACGGAAUCGGCCGUCGCUUGACGGCUGGCAGUGGAAUCUAGGACUCCCACUUCAGCCUCUUCAGGACUCUUCAGCUAAAUGUACCUGCAUCUUAGAAUGACCGUUUACCCGGCAACUCAAUGUGAAUACCGUUCGCUUCAGAUUUGAACUAGACACUGGCUUGUAUAAUUGAGCGAAAUUUAAUCCAUUUGUUUUGGUUGUUCAAAUCCUUCCAUUAGCAUUUUGCGACUGCAAUUGAUCACUCUAGUUUGAUAUAUAUGUAUGUUGUGUGGAUUACCUCGAUACUGCGAUAUUGUUAUUUAAUUUUAAAAUCUAGGCAAACUGCAUAGGCUUCACAUAUUCCAAAAGAGACUGACCAAUAGCAGCCGUAAUCGUCAACGAGAAUAUUCAAACAAUCAAUACGAAUGAAACAGACUAUCAUUUCAUUUUCGUACAUUAUAAUUGUUCCCAAAAUCACCUGAAAAAUUAGCACGUGCGUAAGUGUUGAUUAUCUACUUCGUCGUUCAUGAGUACAAUAUACUCGGAUUAAAAUCAAAGAUUGAAGAUGAAUGAAUGAAUAUUUUACCUUCGACAUUCUGGAUUAAAUUUCGGUUACUACUACUUGUAAACAUGAAAUAAUAUUCAUUAUGUCGUGGACGUUUCUUGGUUUAAACUCGAAAGUGAUCGUAGCUAGACCGUCACUGAAUAUACAGAAGCACUGGACAUUUGUUUUUUUCUAGUAUGGAACUCCACUAUUGAGACCAAACUCAGAACCUUCUAUUUCGUGCGCAAAUAUUUAACUUCUAGGUCAUUUAGCCGAAAUCCAACAAACUACAUAUUUAACUUUAACAGAUUGCCGAUGUAAUGCUUUCCAAGCUUCCAAUCUUAAAGUUCAAUCCUUUUUGACAAAAAGCAGUUGUAAAUACGCUAGAAAUACAAAUUUUGUUGAAUUCGUGUGCAUUUUAGCUAUCUUUAUCAAUUUUUUAAUGUAACAAAUGUUAAUAUAUUUAUCAACGUUAGAGCUAAACAUUUCAACAACCUUGGAAACAAUGGUGAAUUAAAAGUUCCAGUUACUUGUAUUACUAAUCUUCAUUGCUUUUUUUCAAAGUUCUACAUGUACUAUGAAAAAUAUUGUCCCGUAGCCUCAAACAACACCUGUGUCAUCCCUGUCACUGAAAAUAAUUACUUUUAAGUUUUAUCUCCUCGAUUUUGAGCUAUCAAUUUAUUUUAAGUGUAAAUCAGUUUUGUUCUUUUCUCAAUUAAGUAAUGAAAUAAAGAUUUAGUCAAUAAAA